AUGUGUGCUGGUGGACUGCAGCGAGUGGGGACUCCGCACCCUCUACCGCUGCAGCCGAGUGGAGUCGCGGUGGAGUCGCGGAGGAAGAGGAGUGUUGGUAUGGCGAUGCGCCACUCGCCCUAUCCUCCGCGACUCAAACGGGGCCGCACCGUUGAUGCGGUGGUGAUGGGGCUGCGGGGGGAGAGUAUUGUCGGUAUUGCGAGGCGCCGCUCUCCCUAUCCUCCGCAGCCGAAUCUUGGUUGGCGGCGGAACCAUAGACCAGAUCCGCCGCUGGGGUCGGGAAGGCUAGUACUUCUAAGUGCUCGUUUUUCCUGGCCUCAUGGCCUUCGCGCAUCGGACGCGAGGGCGUCUGUUGCGCAGAUGUAA